UUAUUAGGAAGUGCUUGGUUUGAACAGAAGCUAUCGUUUCUUCUCUUUUUCGCUAGUUCGAGUAGUUACAAUCAGGGCGAUACCAACUUAUAUCAUAUAACAAUUUCUAUUCCGAACUAAACAAGAGUACAUACCAUCAACAAGUUUUUCUUACUUUCUUUCUUUUCAAAAAGAAGAAAAGGAACGUAAUCUCUUAUUUUCUUUCCUAAAUCACCGAGUUCCUCCUUCCUUUUAUAUUCAAACUGUAAGAGUUUUUUUUUUUAUAUAUUUAUAUAUCACCGAGAGAAAGGAAAAUUUGACAGGAAUAUAGAUAUUAAAAGCGAAAGAAAAUAUAAACAUAAAUGUAUGCAUAAAAAUAGUAAAACACAUUCACGCACGCAUAAAAAAGUACCACAAAAAAUUUCUUGUAGAAAUAUUCUGAUAAGUGAAACUCCGAACAGAGUUUCAACAGAAAUCUCUGAAUAAAGAAUAUCACUAAAAGAUCAUUUCUUUCUCGUGUAACUAACGGUAUUUAUUAUGAGAUAGUCAAAUCUUGAUAGCAAAGUUGCUCUCUACUAAACUUUUCGCUUAUUUGAAUAUGUUCUUUUUAUAACUUCAUCAACAAACAGCAGCAAUAACAAUCACGAGAAAAUUUGGAACAUUGGCAAGUUAAGAAAGUUGCAUGAAAGUUAAUUGUUUUAAGUUAUACAGUCUUAUAAAAUUGAGUGAAGUUGUGUGCACACUCGUACACAUAAACAUUGAAAAUUCAUGAGUUUGUAUCGAAAUACUGUAUACGUCUUCAAAGAAACAAUUUUCGUUAAAACAUGACCAGACAAUCUAAUCAAUUUGAAAUAAUUCCUAGUUUAUAAAUAACACAUUUAGCUUUCUUAAAAUAACUGAGUAAUUUAAAGAGACUUUCCAAGAAGCGACAGCUUUCGCACUCUCAAACUGUCACUUUUCUUCGGCAGAAAAUACUUUAAUUUCACCCUCAUGGAUCGUCAAACUAAAGGAAAACGCGGGAAAAUUAAGGAAGAUGCAAGUUUAACAGACUGUGAAGAUUCGGGUGUCCAUCUGGAGGAUUCGUCAUCUUCAAAUUCUGGAUCAAAAGGUUGGACAGAGAAUGAAUUGGAAUAUUUCAUAAGACAGUUAAUGAACCCCCAAAUAUACAAUAAUAAAAAUACAACAGCUUCUUCAAGUUGGUCUCAACAAGUUACAACAAGUAGUCAGACAUCUGUCCCAUUGGAACCAUCCAUUAUUUCAGGUGAAUUACUCAACAAAUGUCAUAUUGGUUCUUCAUCAGAACAUUUACCAAGAAAAGUCAUCUUACACAACGAUAAAAAAGCAUGUGUUUGUCAGGAGAAAAGGAAAGCUAAACAUCGGACAUUAGUAAAUCACCAUAAAACAAAAAGUGGAGAAUUAAAUUAUGAGUCAACUAUAGAGAUCUCAGUUGACUCUGUACUAGACAAAGAUAUCUCCAGAAACGGACAGUAUCUGUGUAGAGAUUCCACCACCAUAACGGCGUGUGCCGGAUCUGUUCAUUGUGUGCACUUUACCGACUCAUGUUCGGAUGAUCCGGAUUCUUCAGAAAAUCCACAGUCACAAGUCUCCAAAAUGGAGAAGAGCCAUGAUGGCCGCAAGAAAGAACAGAAAAGACGUUUUUUUCAUCGGAUGAUACCACGACCUUUAAGAAGAAGUCACAGUUGUGGAAAUGCUAAAGAUCUGGACAGUUCUGGUAAAACUACUAAAACAGAAAUUGAAGUGUCUGAGAAAUUACUGUGUGAAAACAAAUCUACAUCCAUCCGAAAGACAUCUUCUUUUGAUGCCAGAACAUUGUUCCUGCCCAAUGACUUAGAUGCUAGUCCUGUAAAACCAAAGUCCCGCAAUUUAGCUUGGAAUGUGAAAAGAAGGCUACACUUUCUCCGACGCCAUCAUACAGACUCAUCACUUACUGAAAAAUUUCCAAAAAUCGACAUGGUGAACGCAGCAAAGUGGGGCAAAUCUUUUGAAGCAUUAAUUAGGGAUAAAGAUGGUUUAGAAAUCUUCAGAAAAUACAUGAGGUCAGAAUUUAGUGAUGAAAAUAUUGACUUUUGGUGGGCUGUGGAAGACUACCGAAUGGCUAGUGAAUCUGAGCUUGAAAAGAAAGCCAAUAUUAUUUUCAAAACAUUUGUUGCAAAGUCUGCUGCAAGGGCUGUCAACUUGAGGGCUCCUAACAGAGAAAAGGUUCGUCAGAGGGUAGAAACUAAUAUCACAAGGAAUAUGUUUGAUGAUGCUCAGAAGGAGAUCUUUGAUUUCAUGCAGCGGGACACCUACCAGCGGUUCUUGAAAUCAGACAUGUAUUUAAGCACUUGCAAGUCAUCUAGCUAGUCAUUUAUUAUGAUUCAUAAACUAACUGAAUGCACAAAACUGCUUCUUGUAAACUAUUUCUAUCCCUACACACACACACACACACACACACACAUGUACCACACACACAAAGAAAUACCUACUAUCUCUACCACGCCUCUGUAUUUCAUGCACCCCAAUUUCUCCCCCCCCCCUCUCUUCUCUCUCUCUAUCUCUGGUCCCUUUCUAUUGCACCUAUCACUGUUGAGCACAGAUUAUUGCAUAACUCUCAGUUCUAAGGUUUCUGUGACUUGUAUUUUCCAAUAUGUUAUUA